AUGCCUAUAAAAGAGGCUGAGAGAACCUGUUUGCUCAUUCUGCAUGACAUCACCACACUUAUUAAUCAUAAAGAUAAUACCAAAAAGUCGGAUAAAACUCUGCAAGCAAUUCAGCGUGUGGGGCAAGCUGUCAACUUGGCAGUUGGAAGAUUUGUUAAAGUAGGGGAAGCUAUAGCCAACGAAAACUGGGAUUUGAAAGAAGAAAUAAAUAUUGCCUGUAUUGAAGCUAAACAAGCAGGGGAAACAAUUGCGGCGCUUACAGAUGUAACCAGCUUGAAUCAUCCAGAAUCUGAUGGCCAGAUCACCAUUUUUACAGAUAAAACAGGAGUCAUAAAGGCGGCAAGAUUACUUCUUUCCUCAGUGACAAAGGUGUUGCUGCUGGCAGACCGAGUAGUUAUCAAACAGAUAAUAACAUCAAGAAAUAAGGUUCUUGCAACUAUGGAAAGACUGGAGAAAGUGCAUAGCUUUCAAGAGUUUGUCCAAAUAUUCAGCCAGUUUGGAAAUGAAAUGGUGGAGUUUGCACACCUAACCGGAGAUAGACAAAAUGAUUUGAAAGAUGAAAAGAAAAAGGCAAAAAUGGCGGCAGCUCGGGCGGUGCUUGAGAAGUGUACGAUGAUGCUUCUCACAGCAUCAAAGACCUGUCUCAGGCAUCCUAACUGUGAAUCAGCCCAUAAAAACAAAGGAGGAGUGUUUAACCGAAUGAAAGUGGCGCUGGAUAAGGUCAUUGAAAUUGUGACUGACUGUAAGCCACACGGAGAGACCGACAUUUCAUCUAUCAGUAUUUUUCGUGCAAUUAAAGAAUUCAAGAUGAGUAUUGAAGCUCUUCGGGAGAAUCCUUAUUUUCAGUCCAAAGAGAACUUCUCUGCAACACUGGAAGUCAUCUUGGAGCAGACGGAGGACUUCACUGAUUCUGCGUACACCAGCCAUGAGCACAGAGAACACAUCUUGGAGCUGUCCACUCAGGCGAGGGUGGAACUGCAGCAGUUCCUCUCUGUGUGGAUGCAAGCUCAAAGCAAGAAGACCAAAAGCAUUGCUGAAGAACUGGAGCUCACGAUUUUGAAAAUCAGUCACAGUCUCAAUGAGCUCAAGAAGGAACUUCAUAGCACAGCAAUGCAGCUGGCGGCAGAACUCUUAAAAUACCAUGCAGAUCAUGUGGUUCUAAAAGCGUUAAAACUCACUGGAGCAGAAGGAAAUUUAGAAGCUUUGGCUGAAUAUGCCUGUAAACUCUCUGAACAGAAAGAACAGCUUGUUGAGACCUGUCGAUUGCUGAGACAUGUAUCUGGGACAGAACCUCUUGAGAUAACUUGUAUACACGCAGAAGAGACAUUUCAGGUGACUGGCCAGCAGAUAAUUUCAGCUGCUGAAACAUUGACAUUGCAUCCAUCUAGUAAAAUUGCUAAAGAAAACCUGGAAGUAUUUUGUGAAGCUUGGGAAUCUCAAAUUAGUGACAUGUCUACGCUGCUAAGAGAAAUCAGCGAUGUGUUUGAAGGAAGACGAGGAGAGAAGUAUGGCUACCUUUCACUGCCAAAGCCAAUGAAGAACAACGUAAACAAAUCACUGAAGCCAGACAAGCCUGACUCUGAGGAGCAAGCCAAGAUUGCAAAGCUUGGACUGAAGCUGGGCUUGCUUACUUCCGAUGCCGACUGCGAAAUUGAGAAGUGGGAAGAUCAGGAGAACGAGAUUGUUCGAUAUGGACGGAACAUGUCCAGGAUGGCCUAUUCUCUAUAUUUAUUCACCAGAGGAGAGGGGCCACUGAAAACUUCCCAGGAUUUAAUUCAUCACCUAGAGGUUUUCGCUGCAGAAGGAUUAAAGCUUACUUCGAGUGUACAAGCUUUUUCAAAACAGCUGAAAGACGAUGACAAGCUUAUGCUUCUUCUGGAAAUAAACAAGCUAAUUCCUCUAUGCCACCAGCUCCAGACUGUAACUAAAACAUCUUUGCAGAAUAAAGUAUUUCUAAAGGUUGAUAAGUGUAUUACAAAGACAAGAUCCAUGAUGGCUCUGUUGGUCCAGCUGCUCUCACUUUGCUAUAAGCUGCUGAAGAAGCUUCAGAUGGAAAAUGGCAGGUGGGUCUCAGUUACAAAUAAAGAUACCACGGACAGUAACACUUGAGCUUUUGGGGCCAGACCUCUGGAACAUCGUGACGAAAGCGGCAUUUCAAAGACGCAAACAAUGCUUUCCUAUUGGCAGAAAUUUAACAGUUUUAUAAAGAAAACAACACUGCUUAAUUUUCUGAUCUUCAGAACGUGAAGUUGUCAACUAAUAAAUGUCUUGGUAAUUGCUAGAAUUUUAAUUGCAGUGUGAUUUUAAAAUGGAACAUUGCACUAAUAUUGUUCUUUAAAAGAUAAACCAAAUAUCCUAAUUGUUAAUGACAGCUGCAUCCAAAGAAGCUAUUUUCAAUAUGCUCAGCUCUGGCAUAUUGUACCUGAACUAUUUUAUUUAAGCUUAUCAUUUAGGAAACUAACUUUGGAGGAAAAUAUGUAGAAGUUGGAAUGAACACAGGGUUUUUCUUAAACCUGUGGGCUCUUCUUCAGUCCCCCUGCCCACGUGACAAGAGCUCCUCAGACCCCAUUACGGAUCAGUCAUCCACGCUGGUACCAGUGCUGUUCUCUAGCAACAAUUCAUGUACAGCGGGUUGCGUGAGGCUCCGUGUGUCACUCCCCUCCUGUCUAAAGCGAGGUAAUGGAACCCUGAAGCAGUUCUUGGAGGAGACAAGAUGGCUAUCUCUGCCUUUAACUCUUCAAUAACUGGCUAGUUAGUCCUAUGAAAAUCCUAAGUCUUCGUUACUGCUUUAAACACUUUUGAACUCUCCUCAGUGUUGACAGAUAGAAUGGCAAAUAAAAACAGAACAUUGAAACCAUGAAGCUGUUUAAAUUCUGGAUGCUAUAUUUUAUAUAUGUGGCAUUGGAAUGUUCAUUAUAAAACAAAUAAACAUCUUUAGUCUUUUAAACUUUA